AUGGCCGAAGAAUGUGAUUCGCCUAUGUUACCAGCCACAAAUGCUGAAUCAAGCAAAAUAAAUGCCAUCGACAAAGAAACGGUCCAUAGAAUUUGUUCGGGUCAGGUUGUUCUCAGCUUGGCUAUAGCAGUCAAGGAAUUGGUGGAAAAUUCCCUGGAUGCAGGGGCAACGUUGAUUGAAGUGAAACUCCGCGAACAGGGGGCAGAUUUGGUUGAAGUUUCCGACAAUGGUAGCGGAGUGGAGGAACGAAACUUCGAAGGGCUGACCGCCAAAUACCAUACCUCCAAGUUGAAAGAGUUUACCGACCUGGAGUCGAUCGAAACGUUUGGUUUCCGAGGUGAGGCACUCAGUUCGUUGUGUGCGCUUUCCGACAUGGUAAUCACUACGCGCCACUGCACUGCAGCACACGCGACAAAGCUGACGUUGGAUCACGAGGGACGCAUCAAAUCACGAGCACCCUGUGCCCGAACGGUUGGAACCACCAUCAGCUUGAGCAACCUUUUUGCAACAUUGCCAGUGAGAAAGAAAGAAUUUCAGCGCAACAUUAAGCGAGAGUUUAUCCGUAUGUGUCAGAUCCUUCAGGCGUACUGUUUGGUGUCGGUUGAUGUGCGCAUAAUCUGUUCAAACCUGUCGGCCAAAGGAGCAAAAACGGUCGUAAUGAGCACGCAAGGAUCGCCCCGUGUGUUGGACAACAUAACCGCCCUUUUCGGAACGAAGCAGACCGCGGAACUAAUGCAGCUCGUGCCAUCGAUCGGUGGGAAUGGAAAAAUACAAGAUCUUGAUGCGAGCGAUUUCGAUGAUAGCAUGCACCUGACGCAGGAGGAGGUGGACAACUUUAAUCUUUCCAAGUAUAAAAUCGAAGGGUACAUUUCGAGCUGUGCGCACGGAUCCGGCCGUAGCAGCAAGGAUCGACAGUUUUACUACAUCAACUCGCGCCCGUGUGAUCCGAAGCAAAUCAGCAAGCUCAUCAACGAUGCUUACCAUCGAUACAACGUUCACCAGCAACCGUUCGUGUACCUGAAUAUAAUGCUGGAUCGGUCGGAUGUGGACGUAAACUUGACACCCGACAAACGCCAAGUGCUGGUGAACAACGAGAAAAUUCUCAUGCUGGCAAUACGAAAAUCGAUCAAGAAAACGUUCGGCAACAUUCCUUCAUCGUUUAAGGUACAGAAUCUCAAUCUAAGCGACUCGAGUCGUCUGUUGAACAUCUCGGUCCCUUCCGAUCGGGACGAUGAGGAUGAAGCGCAGCAAGAUUUUUUCGAACAAAGCACGAUGGAAAAAUGCAGUACAGGCGAAUUGAAUUUUACCUUCCAACCACCGACUGGGAGUAGCUCUGCCGGUGGAACUAGCGGGCAUAAACGCAAGCGUAGCGUGACUCAAAAAGGCUUGCUUAAAAUUAAAGAAUUUUUAUUAGUCUCACAAACUUCAGGUAGUACGGGUGAAAGCAAGGCGGAAGAAUCGCUCGAUGAAAAUGAAAUAAUGCCGUCAUUGAAGCAACCAAAAACGGAAGAUAAUCCUUACGAUUUAACCAUACUUAACGAGCCGCAUCUAGAGAAAACAACCGAUGAAUCUGACCCUGCAGGCGUAUCAUCGCAAGAAUCUGUCACCGAUUUAAUGUCCUUGGUGAGCUGCAAAAUUGAGCCUACCGGUUCUAGUGGAUCACUUACUGGCGAUACCGGGCAGGGAGUUUCUAGCACCGAAUCAAUGUUUUCCCUAGAUCAGUUCACUGCUCCGGUCAAGCAGGAGCUGAACGACCAAACCGUUGCAACGAGCUCGUCCAUAGCCGGGCAAACGAUCGUGAUCGACGAAGAAUCGCCAGGAGAGGAUGAUUAUGAUGUUCGCCAUCGUAAUCAGCAGCAGCUAGUCGUCACACAGGACUCACUUGAGGAGCUGAUUGAACGGGAGAAAACGCUUAAAUCGGAGCGGCCCGAUGAGGGACGUUCGAUGUCACGUCUCCGUUUUAAAAGUAAAAUCAAUCCCUCCAGCAACAAGGCAGCGGAAAGUGAGCUGCAGACGGAGAUAACGAAGCAGGACUUUGCGGCGAUGGAAAUCAUUGGUCAGUUCAAUCUCGGGUUCAUCAUCGUGCGGCUGGGUGAUGAUCUGUUCAUCGUCGAUCAGCACGCCACCGAUGAGAAGUACAACUUCGAGGAUCUGCAGCGCACGACGGUGCUGCAAAACCAACGGCUAGUGGUUCCGCAACCACUCGAGCUCACGGCGGUCAACGAGAUGAUACUGAUCGACAACCUAGACAUCUUCGAGAUGAACGGCUUCAAGUUCGAGGUCGAUGGAGCGGCGCCAGCCACUAAAAAGGUGCGAUUGACCGCAAAACCGUACAGUCGCAACUGGGAGUUCGGCAAAGAGGACAUCGACGAGCUGAUCUUCAUGUUGCAGGACGCACCGAACACCGUCUGCCGGCCAUCUCGCGUGAGGGCUAUGUUUGCUUCGCGCGCUUGCCGUAAGUCGAUCAUGAUCGGUAAAGCGCUCUCGGUGCGUGAGAUGGAACGGCUCGUGCGGCACAUGGGCGAAAUCGAACAGCCGUGGAAUUGUCCCCAUGGUCGACCAACGAUGCGACAUCUGGUAAACUUAGCGAUGAUAAGUCCGAUCCAACGAGACAAAUCGAACGAGCAGGGCGAAGAAAAACUUUCCAUUGACACCGAAUGA